GAAUAUAUUGUUAAGUAACAGUGAAAGGCUGAGCAGGUGGCAUUCCUGAGUCCUAAGCCCCCCUCAGAUACUGCCCUGUAUAGUUGGUGGGAGGAGGAGGGGAAUAAAUAGGUGCCUCAGUUUCCCCAUUUUUUAAAAAAGUAUAAAUCGGGGUAGAGGAGGAGGGAAGAGGGAGAGAGAAGACAUCCUGUCCUGGCAAAGGUGUUGGUGCUUAAGUACUUGGUUAUUCUCCUCCACUUCCCAGUUCUUAAUUCAGCCCUAUAUUAAAGUCAGUGGGAGCUUUGGGUGCACAAGGAAUGAAGGAUCAGGCCCUUCCGAUUUGUAGGCCUUGAUCUCAGCUACUCUGUGUUGAUGAAUCUCUGGGCAGCUCACUGUAGGAUCAGGGCCUAGCUGAUCAUUAUAAGAUAUUUACACAUACUGGCUGAAUAUGAGCUCAGUAAUAAUUUAUUAAUGGUUUAUUUUUUGCAUUAGCUUGUUAUUUUUUUAUAUUUACAUUUGUCUGAAAAAGUUACUAGAUUAUCUCACAUGGAGAUUGUAUUUAAUGGGAAAAAAAACUAACCCUGUCCAUAUAGUAAAUGAAUCCCAUGCUGUUUGGCUGUGGAGAGAGAGCACUGUGCAAGGGAAAGGCCAGAGAGGGGAGCUGCUGCGUAGCUUUCACCAGGGAAAGCUCCUGGUUGUCCUUGAUUAGUAGCCACAUUGUCUUUUGUUUGUUUUUCUCCUUGCUGGUGAGUGGAAAACUCAUUUUCUUCUGGGCCUCAGUGCAAUGAUCCUCUGGCAGCUAGAUCAGCCCUGGCUUCCCUCAGAUGGACUUGCCGCAUGGCUUCUUGUAGCUGGGUUUGUACUGUGUAUGUUGUGAUUUACUAGUGCAGUUUUCUCCUCGAUGUAGACAUCAUGUUGUACAAACUGUUUGACUGCUCCUCUUAACAGCUUUUCUAUUACUUUCAAAUUGCUAGAAAUCCUCUUUAAGGGCUCUGCAAGCAAUUACAAAUUGUCUUUUAGAGCAGUAUUAGUAGGUUGUAACAUAAAUGUCCCUAGACAUGAUGACAGAUUUGGAGGCACUCAAAAAUGUGGUUAAUCCUCUGUUUUUUCUAUCCACAGUUGUGUGGCUCUCACCCUGAUUCUAAUAGUUGGGUUUAAAAGGAGAAUAUCAGCUGCUUUGGAUUGGUGUUUACAUUGUGGUUCUUUAACAUCAUUUGUCUACCCGCCUCCCCACACCAUGGUUUUAGGCCUUUUCUUUUGACAUCUCAAGUAGAGCUGUACAUGAAAGUUUUCUCACUAGCCCUGCAUGGGAGGGACUUCAAGAUACGAAUUUCUUGUUUAGUAGCAACCAUUUUUCAUUUGAUUUUUCAGAUGGUGUUUUGAUUUAGCAUGACUUCAUUUAUGUAAGUGUAUAUGAAAAUUAUUCUAUAGGGAACAUGCCGUGUGGCCUACAAAUAUGACCAGUUAAAUUAAUUCAGAUUUGUCUUCUGUUCUUGCUUUGAAAAUGAUAGUUUAAGACCGUUCCUACACAAAUCAUAAGACAAAUGUUAAAUUUGUUCUCUGUAUAGACAACAGUACAGAAAACUCUUUUAUAAUGGAGUUUAAUUAUUCUUUUGCUAGAGUUGCGUAAUACCGAGUGACUACCAUACAAUGGGCUGGAUUCAUCAAAGACCAGAGGCUGAGCCUUGAAAACAUGACUCUUGUGGCUCUUCGUGUAGUCCUGACUACUCUGUAUUUAUGCUGCCACAGAAAGAACUGGUUACACUCAGAGGAGAAACACGUCAGCUGCAGGGAAGCAUGUACUAAGGACUGAAAUGAAUUUGCAGCCAAAGGAUCCACAUCAUGAAUAGAUACACUACUAUCAAACAGCUUGGCGAUGGGACAUAUGGCUCCGUCCUCCUAGGGAGAAGCAUUGACUCUGGAGAGCUAAUUGCCAUUAAAAAGAUGAAGAGAAAGUUCUACUCUUGGGAGGAAUGCAUGAAUCUUCGAGAGGUUAAGUCUUUGAAGAAAUUAAACCAUGCCAAUAUAGUAAAACUGAAAGAAGUUAUCAGGGAAAAUGAUCAUCUUUAUUUUGUGUUUGAAUACAUGAAGGAAAAUCUUUACCAAUUGAUGAAAGAAAGAAACAAACUGUUUCCUGAAUCUACAAUUAGGAAUAUUAUGUAUCAGAUCCUGCAAGGGCUUGCAUUUAUCCAUAAACAUGGGUUCUUUCACAGAGACUUGAAACCUGAAAACCUCCUUUGCAUGGGACCAGAACUUGUGAAAAUAGCGGACUUUGGCUUAGCCCGAGAAAUCCGAUCUAGGCCUCCUUAUACAGACUAUGUAUCUACAAGAUGGUAUAGGGCUCCUGAAGUUCUUCUGAGGUCCACCAGUUAUAGCUCUCCCAUUGACAUCUGGGCUGUCGGCUGUAUAAUGGCAGAGGUUUACACAUUAAGGCCUCUAUUCCCUGGUGCCAGUGAAAUCGAUACUAUAUUCAAGAUUUGCCAAGUACUGGGGACACCGAAAAAGAAUGACUGGCCUGAAGGCUACCAACUUGCAGGUACCAUGAAUUUUCUCUGGCCCCAGUGUGUACCUAACAACCUAAAGACCCUAAUUCCUAAUGCUGGCAGUGAGGCAGUUCAGCUCAUGCGAGACAUGCUACAAUGGGACCCCAAAAAGCGACCAACAGCUAGUCAGGCACUUCGAUAUCCCUACUUCCAGGUUGGGCGCACACUGGGCACCUCUCUCUGCAUUCAGGAACUGGGCAAGCAGCCGAAAGAACUCCAUGAUAAAGCAGCACUGCACCAUGUUAAACCGGUCCCUCCUGCACAGCCCCCUCCCAAACCUCAUGCCCAUCUCUCAUCUAGACCAUUCCAGCAAAGCCAGUCUUCCCAGUACCUCAUGUACCCGUAUAAAGCAGACUCCUUGGUGACUGACCACGGGAUCCGGUUAAGAGAGGACGAGCCUGCUCAGGUGCUUCUGCCAGCACUUUGUAGUCAAGUUCCUCAGAAGAAAAUACCAGUUGGGACAGAGAACACGAAUGGUGAACUUAAACCAAAGACUAGGCGAAGAUGGGGACACGUUACUAGAACAACGAAAGAUUCUGAAGAGUGGGAUGACUUGGAAGACUUUGAUUUUAGCUCUUCUCUCACCAGAACUGAUCUGAAAAACAAGAGGCAACAGAGCGAUGAAGCUCUUUGUAGGUUUGAAAGCAUUUUGGAUCUGAAGCUUUCAGACAAUCUAGGUUCUGGCAACAGUGCCCCUUCCCAUGCAUCCUUUCCACGUCAGGAUACACCCACCUUGCGAGUUUCUGCAGCCAAGCAGCAUUACUUGAAACAUUCUAGGUAUUUACCUGGGAUAAGCACAAGGAAGAGCAUAGUCUCCAGUUCAAGCAAGGAUUCUAUUACGUCUAAUCCAUGGCCCACUUCUAGUUUGCCUGGAAAAGCUUCAGGUGUGGGAGGAGGGGUCAAUGGAAUGAAUUCAGGGCACUCAGGAUCGAGCAGGUUGACCAGUGGUUAUAUCCCUUCAUUUCUGAAAAAGGAACUAGGCUCUGCUGGGCAGAGGAUUCAGUUAGCACCAAUUGUAGAUCCAUCUUCUAAUUAUGCUUCUCUGAAGUCUGUCAGACCUCAUAUUGGGCGGCCAUCAUUUAAUACACCUUCAAAAAGCACACCAGCAUUAAUGCCACGUCCACCGCCAAUUCAGCCAAUCCAUGGACGCACUGACUGGUCUUCAAAGUACGGAGCUCACCGGUGACUUGCAGAAAGCACUUUCUGUUGAAUCAGUGCACAUUUCUCAUGAAAUGGUGACCAAUGCUAGACCAUUUGCCAUGACUUUAUAAGCCUGUGAUUUAAAAAAAAACCCUAUCUUCUUUGAGCAAGACAUUUCAAGGCUUUUUUUUAGUUUUAUUUGUAUUGAUUUGAAUGCAAACUUAUACGUUUUUGUAUAAAAUUGUUUUGUUAUAUGAUCAGGUCCAAUUAUUUUCUUAAAACCAAUACACUUUGUAUAUAUGGCUCGAAGUUUUUGGCAUUUUAUACGAUAAACUUUGUAAUGAACUUGAUACAAAAUUAAUAUUUCCUUUGUCAGUUCCAAAUAUUUUAUAUAAGUAAAUAAAACGUAGCAGACUGAGGCAGUAUUGCAAAAGAGAUGCAAUUGUGAGAAAGAGGCAUUCACCAAAUAUUGUUUGUGAUUGUUAUGCUCUGAAUGGGAAGUAUUGAGGCAAGGCAGUCAAUCAAACUGAAUAACCCAGCCUUAUUUUAGUGCCAUGCUGCACCAGCUGGAUGUGAUUGUCAGUCUUUCACCUGCGUCGGGCUGACUUAACAUGAAAGACUAAGGACUUGAACUUGCUCACCUUGAGGUCAAUGGCAGGUGGAUUGGGCUCUAAAUCAAUCACAGGCUUAUUGAAGGGUGUUUUUUAGCUUUGGCUGGUGUUUGUAAAUUUGUCUUCACGCUGUUUGUGCUGCCUGUCAGUUUUUGAGUCCUCGGGUUGAUCUUGCAAUCCCAAGGCCAAAUCCCCACUAACCAUACUGUGAUUUUGGCCUGAAUGAGACCAGCAGGAUCAGGCUGCUAGUUUGACUACAUUCCGCCUGUUUGUAAUGCUAUCUCCGUUCAAUAAGUAUUCUGUGGGUUUUCCUCAUCUGUCCUGAAGUGCCACUUCAGACUUAACUGUUGUUGUCUUUCAGAGUGAAAAUAAAACAUGCUGCUAGGGGGCUGCUCCUAUUAGUCAAUUAUAACUUUCCUAAAGACUUCCAUGAAGCAAAGUCAGGCCCUGUUUUCACAGGGCAAGUAGGAGCUGGAGAAAUAUUUGAGGCAAUAUUGUAUAUGACAAAGCUGGUUCACAGGCACAGUAACAUAGUAUUAAUGAUGCACCAGCAGCGAAGUUUAAGAAACUAUAUAUGCAGCUGAUUUAAUUUCUAUUGCUUUGGUUUCCAGCCUGAUUCCCUUUAUAUAUCCAGAUUCAGUUUUUAUAAACAAGUAAA